AGCUUAAAAGGAGACUUCACACAAUGAGUGUUGCUUCUGCAACAUGCUUUCUUUUUCCUCUUUCCAUGUGGGACACAAUAUUAGGUUCAGCUUCUGAUAGUAUUGUUAAGUUUCAGUUUCCAAGCUGGGCAUACUUGAGUACAAUCUUCUUUGGAAUUAUUUUCAUAUUCUAUGCCGAUAACAUUGCUGAAGAAAGGCUGCAUCUUGUUUUUUCUUCUCCAAGGCAUCUAAUGAUUUCUGGAGUAUGCAUUAUUAUUAUGGAAAUCUUAUAUCUAAUGGAUUUUUCCCUUUUGGGUUUUGUGAUUUGUUUUUCAAUUUUGGGAUUCGGUAUGCUUCCUCUUCUCUCUUGUUAUAAUAUAUUCCAUUUUGACAUUGCAUGUAGUGUCAUGAGUUGCUGCUUCUGUAGUGAUUAGAAAUUGGACAAGGUC